GAAGUUCGGAUUCCAGCUCGCCUUCCAACAGCCCAGGUUUUUGGAACUACAGCCGUCCCAUGGCAGACUACGCGCAGAUGCUGAGGAAGUUCCAGUAUCAGCUGGCUUGCAGGUCCCAGGCUCCGUCAGCACACAAGGAUGAGGCCGAUCUGAGCUCGAAACAGGCUGCAGAGGAGGUCUGGGCACGAGUGACGAUGAACCGACAGCUCCUUGACCAUAUGGAUUCCUGGACUGCUAAGUUCAGAAAUUGGAUUAAUGAGACUAUUCUUGUGCCACUUGUCCAAGAGAUCGAGUCUGUGAGCACGCAGCUGAGACGAAUGGGGUGUCCAGAACUACAGAUCGGAGAAGCCAGCAUCAGCAGCCUGAAGCAGGCAGCGCUCGUUAAAGCCCCGCUCAUCCCAACCCUGAACGCUCUGGUGCAGUAUCUGGAUCUUACACCAAACCAGGAGUAUUUGGUUGAAAGGAUCAAAGAGCUCUCCCAGGGAGGAUGCAUGAGUUCUUUCCGAUGGAACAGAGGAGGAGAUUUCAAAGGCCGGAAGUGGGACACCGACUUGCCCACCGACUCCUCAAUCAUUAUGCACGUGUUCUGCACCUACCUCGACUCCAGGCUGCCGCCUCACCCCAAGUAUCCCGACGGCAAAACCUUCACUUCCCAGCACUUCGUUCAGACGCCGGAUAAACCAG